UUCGGUUUGUGCUCGGAGUAUAUAGUCUGUCUCAGACGCCUGUAGAAACAGUUAUUUACAGAUUGGGACGAGCCGAUACUGUGUGUUUUUUUAGAUUUUAUCAUGGAAGAAGGCAUUCCUUUCCAUUUAACUGUAAAAGCUAGUUUGUUUUCACUACUUGGUUCAUUUUUUUUCUGUCUGGAUGUGGCUUUGGACGUGUGGACAAUUGUGUCGCUGUAUAAGGAGCAGGAGUAUGUCUACAUGGGAUUGCUAAUAGCUCUGCUGCUGCUCUCCUCAAUCCUAGUCCAGGUCUUCAGCUGGAUCUGGUACAAAGAGAAGAACAUAGGAACCAGCACAGACAAAUUUGCAGAAAAAUACAAUUUGAUAGGACCGCUGCACUUCUUGCAGUUGGGAGUGUUUCUCAGGUGUGCCAGUUUGGUGGAACUCUCCAUCCGCAAAGUUUUAAAAUUUGAUAUUUUCCAAGAAGCAGUAGCUGUGCAUCUGAAGCAUGACCUCAGUAUGCUGCGUCUGUUUGAGACGUUCUCUGAAAGCAUCCCGCAGAUCGUUCUCAUGAUCACCAUCAUCAUGCAGGAGCAGGAGCUGCAGCUUUUUACAGGUUUCAAAGUUGCUGUUUCAUUCCUUAUGCUUGCCCUUACUGUGAUGUCGUACCAUCGACACAUGCGUGAGUUUGUUCCUGAGGACAAGAAAAUGAACUGGCUCUCGUCUGGGGCUUUCUUCCUGUGGAACCUGUUCCUGAUUACCCCGCGGGUGGUUGCUGUGGCCCUCUUUGCCUCCGUCCUGCCUUGCUUCAUCGCCGUUCACUUCCUGUGUCUGUGGUUGCUGCUGGUUCUUUGUGUCUGGAGACAGAAGACGGACUUCAUGGAAAAUGCUGCAGGUGAAUGGCUCUACCGGGCCACUGUAGGACUUAUCUGGUACUUCAGCUGGUUUAAUGUAUCAGGCAAGAACACCAGAAUCAAGAGGAUCCUUUACCAUGUGUUAAUGGGGGCCGACACGGCUCUUCUAUUGGUGUUGUGGUUUUGGAGAACAUCCGUGGAAUCAGCUUGUAGGAAUCCUCUACCCAUUAAUCCCUACGUACUGCUCGUGGCACUGCCUGUGCUUUACAUUAUCGGCCUCCUGCUGAACCUGCUUUACUACUGGAAAUUCCAUCCCAAGAGAGAAAAAACGCCACGGUUAAUGUUAGCUGCUGUGGGGCUGCUGGACACAGAUUCGGCUGCAGAAACUCCACAGACUGGUGUCCAUAAGAGGAUGAAAAACAUGGAUAAUAAUUUUUGGUAAUAUUUUUAUGGUUUUCUAGACCCAAAUAAAACAAGUCUUGAUAGGAUUUUUAUUGUUAAAUCAGCCCAAUUGUUACACAGCCUAAUGCAUAUAUGACUAUAUGCAGGCUAGACUCUUAUCAGUUUCUCCUUUUUUUACAAACUACAUGCAAGUUCUGGAUGCAAUGGGUUCCUUAUAGUAGUAUUUUAUUUGUGAGGUGUUGAUGUUUUUUUUUAUCACUUUAUGUAUUUAUUAGAUGUUUGUGUCAUACUUGCUCAUUUUAUGCUGCUUAUCUAUAUUUAAAUUAGCGAUAUGCCACUAUGAGACCUGAGAGAGUGGAUCAUACAGUAUUUUUUUUUUUUUUAAACGUAGAGUAUAUUACAGUAACUGAUAGGUGGAAACAAUAAAAAAAAGUUCAUUUAUUAUCUUUAUUGUAAUUUCACAAAUGUUUCAUAUCACUAUUCAUACAGUAGGCUGCCCUAGCUACAGUGGAUUUAGCUGUUAGCUACAGUAAUAUUUCAGGAGAUGGGGAUUGAUAGUAUGCUUUGAUUCAUACUAUACUAUCAAUUGUCAAACCCAUCCCUGCACCCUUGCAAAUAAGUACUGGUAUGUCUGUGUGCUUUUACAGUGCAGGUGUUGCAUUUCCUUGUCAGGAUUUUCUAUAAUUUGUAACUUAUUUACAUAUAGCCAUUGCUUAUCCACCAGUCCUAGCUUAGCCUUUCUUUGUUUUUAGCUGUUAGCUGUGGCUCCUUCCUAGCCUCAGUUUAAGCUUUUAGCUUUUGCUGUUUUACAUUUGAAAUAUUCUUUAGUCUUGAUUUUUGUUGAAUUCUUUUUGAAGAGGUUUACCUCGUCAGACAUUGUCUCAAAUACUACACUAGUGUAGCAUUCUUAGCAGUAUUUAUUUCAUAAGUGUGUAUUUUGUAUAGCUGUAAAAGCCACAUUUAUAAUUUUGUAUUUUGUGCUGUUUACAGGUUUAAUUACUUGCUACACAAUAAUCAUAAUUUAUUAUUACAGGGAACAUUUCAGGUUAAAAUAAAAUAAAAUAAAUUUAUAAUGAACCUCGCCUCACCUCAAUACACACCUUCUCAGGUAUUGGUUUCAAACAUCAUUCAGUUCUGAAGAUCAGUAUGAUGCUCAUUAAUCUGCACAUUUAAAUAUUUAUAAAAUAUCAUUACAAGUUCCUAGUUUAAAUGUUUUACUCUUAUACUACUAUUGAUACUGUGGUGUGAAAUGUUUUUUUCCUCUGGAGGAAAAUGGAAAGUGCAAUAACAUCAGCAGGACCUGCAAAUGUGCACUCAAAGGAUUACAUGAAGAGUUCACAGAUAAAGAGCUUAAAUGUACAUUUUCUACAGGAGAACAUCUCAGUGGACAUAUGCAUUUAUCUUAUUAAUGUGUUUUUAAUUAUGUUCAUUUGUAUUUUGUAUUUAGUUAAAUAAGCUAUGAACCCAUUUAAACAUACUUUAUGUAUUAAAAAAAAAGUUUGACUAUUGAUAUUCAUCAUUUCUAUUUUUAUUAAGGAAAGGGUUUCUCACAUUUUCUUUGAAUUUCAUUGCAGUUACAGGUCAUCAAAAAAUCGUAUUCUUUUGUUUAUUCUGUUGUUAAAAAUCACUGCAUAAAAUCGGUUGAUCGCAGUUUUGUGGUAUAUCACCAUAUUAUUAUUAAAAUUAAUAAAAUAAAAUGAACUUAUUAACACAAAUGUGAUCACAUUUUGUGAGUUCA